AUGGUCAAGCCAUUGACCUUUAAAGGCGACAAAAAAGUCAAGAAGCGCAAGCGAACAGAUGUCGAGAAAUCGUCACGCGAUGCUGUAGACGACGAAACAGGCCAGGUCCAAAAGGCCACCACCACUGAAGAAGCAGAGAAUGACGAUAGUUGGGUGUCCGCCGAGGCGACCACUGAUGUCUCAGGACCUAUCAUGAUUGUUCUCCCUACGGAUAUGCCUUCGGCGCUGGCUUGCGAUGCGACAGGAAAGGUGUUUACGGUUCCUAUUGAGAACAUUGUCGAUGGGAAUCCUGCUACCGCUGAACCGCAUGAUGUGCGCCAGGUCUGGAUCGUGAAUCGCGUAGCAGGCACAGAGAGCUUUCGCUUCAAGGGACAUCACGGACGAUUUCUCUCUUGCGACAAGAUCGGAAUGCUCUCCGCUUCAGCAGAAGCCGUAUCCCCCCUCGAAUCCUUCAACAUCAUCCCCACGGGCGACACACCAGGAACAUUCCAAAUCCAAACCCUGCGCGACACAUUCCUCAGCAUAAAGUCCCCCAACAAGGCAUCUUCCAAAACAUGCGACGUGCGCGGCGACGCCGACACCAUCUCGUUCGACACGACGUUUCGCAUCAGGAUGCAAGCUCGCUUCAAGCCCAAGCUGCGCGCGUCAAAGGAAGAAAAGGCGCUUGCCAAGAUCAGUCGGCGCGAGCUGGAGGAUGCUGCGGGGCGGAGGUUGGAUGAGGAUGAGGUGAGGAAGCUCAAGAGGGCUAGGAGGGAGGGAGAUUAUCAUGAGGCUUUGCUUGAGAUCAAGGUCAAGACCAAGGAUAUCAGACAAGAGAUUAUCCUCAACAAACCUCAUGUAACCCAAAACCAAACAGAGCGGCAGAGGCUCGACAUGGCAAUUCUGAGUAUGAUCGGACUCCUAUCAGUCUAA